UUUCAGAAAUGUUAAGAAAAUGGCCUCCUAUAAUCGCUAAGGACCGCAUAUGCACCAAACCUUACACCCUGCGAACAGCUACUAAAGAAGAGAAAGAUAUCGAAUUCAAAGUGGACGACAUGAUCUGGAUUCCGACUCACGCUAUUCACAGGUGUCCAGAAAACUAUCCUAAUCCUGAAAAGUUCGAUCCAGAACGUUUCUCGGAUGAAAACAAGGGCAACAUUAAGCCAUACACUUAUCUCCCAUUCGGUGUGGGUUCCAGAAAUUGUAUCGGAUCCAGGUUCGCUCUAUUGGAGGUCAAAGUAUUGUUGUUCAAGAUACUACUUAAUUUCGAAUUGAUUCCCACGGCAAAAACUAUAAUUCCCUUGAAGGUUGCCAAGGGAGGAUUAAAUCACACUGCUGAAGGAGGGUUUUGGUUUGGGCUGAAACGAAUCCAAGCAUAAUUUUACAAAGCAUAACAUUUAAAAUACACGUUAUAAAAUUUUUACGUAGUGUUCUUAAUGCUUGCGCUCUAUCUAACACUUUUUGUUGAAGAAAAAACUAUAAUAUUCAUCGAUUUAUUUUAGAAAUGUUAAGGAAAUGGCCUCCAGUAAUCGUCAAAGAUCGCCAGUGUACCAAACCUUACACCCUACAAGCAGUCAAAAAGGAAGAAAGGG